GCCCCCCGGUUCCGUAGGAUGGCGCGUCCCCGCAUCGGCACCCACAGCGGCACCUUCCACUGCGACGAGGCGCUGGCCUGCGCCCUGCUGCGCCUGCUGCCCGAAUACCGGGAAGCGGAGAUCGUGCGGAGCCGGGACCCGUCGGAGCUGUCUCGGUGCCAGGUGGUGGUGGACGUCGGGGGGGAGUACGACCCCCGCAGCCACCGCUACGACCAUCACCAGAGGUCGUUCUCGGAGUCCAUGGCGUCGCUGUGGCCGGGCAAGCCGUGGAAGACGCGCCUGAGCAGCGCCGGCCUCGUCUACCUGCACUUCGGGCCGCGCAUCCUGGCCCAGCUCCUCGGGCCCCAGGACGACCCCGCCAUCGUGGACGCCAUCUAUGACCAGGUGUACGAGAACUUCGUGGAGGAGGUGGACGCGGUGGACAACGGGAUCGCACAGUGGGAGGGGGCGGCGGAGCCGCUCUAUAAGGUGACCACCACGCUGAGCGCCCGCGUGGCCCGCCUCAACCCGCGCUGGAACGACCCGGACGGGGACGCCCAGGCGAGGUUCCACCAGGCCAUGGAGUUGGUCCGCGACGAGUUCCUCCAGAGGGUGGAUUUCUACCGGCACAGCUGGCUGCCCGCCGGGGCGCUCGUCAAGGCGGCGCUGGCGCGGCGGUUCCAGGUGGACCCCAGCGGGCGCGUGCUGGAGCUGGCGGAGGGCGGCUGCCCGUGGAAGGACCACCUUUUCCGGCUGGAGGCCGGCCUCGACCCCCCGCGCCGCCUGGACUUCGUCCUCUUCCCCGACCAGAGCGGCCAGUGGCGGGUGCAGUGCGUGCCCGAGAACCCCCAGUCCUUCCGGAGCCGGCUGCCGCUGCCCGAGGCCUGGCGGGGCUUGCGGGAGGCCGCCCUGAGCGAGGCGAGCGGGAUCCCCGGCUGCGUGUUCGCCCACGCCACCGGUUUCAUCGGCGGGCACCGCACCCGCCAAGGGGCCCUGGCCAUGGCCCGGGCCGCCCUGGCCCUGCGCCCCGACCCGGCGCCCCAAUAAAGCCGCCGGCCCGCACCCCCGUGUCCGCGUGGGUGACGCCCGGGCGGAUG